AGUGACACCCAGCGAUUCCCAGUCCAGUUCAGAAAGGGUCCGCGGUUCGGGCUUCGGCCCGCGCUUUCCAUCUGAGGCAACCCCACUCCGGAGAUCCGGUGCAGUGGAGGCAUGGACUGUAACUGUGUUAGUGACUUGCUGCUCACUCCACCUGUCCCAGCCCUCUGGACACCAGGCUUCGCCUUCCCAGACUGGGCCUAUAAACCAGAGUCUAGCCCUGGCUCCAGGCAGAUCCAGCUGUGGCAUUUCAUCCUGGAGCUGCUGCAGAAGGAGGAGUACCAGGGGGUGAUCGCCUGGCAGGGAGACUAUGGCGAAUUUGUGAUCAAAGACCCGGAUGAAGUGGCAAGGCUGUGGGGCAUUCGGAAAUGCAAGCCUCACAUGAACUAUGACAAGUUAAGCCGUGCGCUAAGGUACUAUUACAACAAGCGCAUUUUGCACAAAACUAAAGGAAAGCGAUUCACCUACAAAUUUAACUUCAGUAAGGUGGUUCUGGUCAACUACCCGCUGUUGGACAUGGCCAGCUCUCCAUUCCUGCUAGCACAGAACCACUUCAAUGGUGGAGCAGCCACCCCAGACUGCAGCCCUCUCACACCUGAGGCCCUGCAGUCUUUAUUCCCCCGCUUGCCUGAGUCUGGUCGAGGGACGUCUCUGUUUGACCGCGGCGCAGGGGCCCCGGGGCCAGAGGGGGAUAAGCUGAGGCUGGACACUUUCCCUUUCCUCAGUUCAGGGACUCCUUGUUACUCCAAACCUCCAUCCAUGUUGGGUCCUUACCCCCGUAACCCUGCUUUUGACUACUCUUGGGGCUUCAACCCUUAUCUUCCUGGGGCUUUCUCACUAAAUAACUGUCCUAAACUGCCCCCAGGCUCCCUGUACCCCUCGCACUUCUACCCCAACCCGCUUCAGUCUGGCUUGUCCCAGCUGCCCCAUCCCUUCUCCUCACUACUCCCGCCAGCGGACACAACUGCAACGGAGCGGGGUCAAACUGGAGGAACCACCAAUGGCACAGCAGGUGGUCAGCCCCCUCGACUUUGCAUCCCACCCUACCCGGGUAACCUGCUGCAAGGCCGGACCGAGCUGGGUGGCAUUGGCCCAGGAGUAGGCGAAAGGGAGAGGGGGGAGACCAACAACAACAUCCCAGGGGCAGGUGGAGGGAUUGGAAUGGGACUGGGAUUGGGCCUUGGCCUUGGAGGACUGGGCCUGGGGACUGGAGGAGGAGGCCGCCAGAGCCCAUCCGACCGGCGUGGUGGUGUAAAACAAGACCCAGAGUCGGACUCUGAGCUGGAAAUCACUGACCUGAGCGACUGCAGCUCAGAAAAUGAGAACGAGCCAGACUUCCCCCUGGCCAAAGAGCCCAGGCUGGGCGGACAACCCCACAUGCUAGAGGCCAAGACUGGGGGCCUGGGAGGGACCCUACCUCCGCUUUCUUCGCUUCCUCCUCCUGUAUCCCCCCAUCCUCUGAAAAGCCUGGUACCCCUCACUCCUCCUCCUCCAUCCCUCCCUCCGUCCCUCUCACCUUCCCUCACUCUAGUCGACCGGCACAGAGAAACAGACUCUCUUAAACUUGCUCACAGUUAA